GAGGCGCCGGUGCUGCUAGACCGAGGCGGCAGCCGGUCACGACGUGGGGCGGCCAGCGAUGAAGCCGCCUAGUUCAUUGCAAACAAGUGAGUUUGACUCAUCAGAUGAAGAGCCUAUUGAAGAUGAACAGACUCCAAUUCAGAUAUCAUGGCUACCCCUGUCACGAGUGAAUUGUUCUCAGCUUCUUGGUUUGUGUGCUCUUCCAGAAGAACUAAAGAGCUGUGGUAUACAAGACAUAUUUGUUUUCUGCACCAGAGGGGAACUGUCAAAAUACAGAGUCCCAAACCUUUUGGACCUCUACCAUCAGUAUGGAAUUAUCACUCAUCAUCAUCCAAUCCCAGAUGGAGGGACUCCUAACAUAGCCAGCUGCUGUGAAAUAAUGGAGGAGCUCGCAAUCUGCCUUAAGAAUAACCGGAAAACCUUAAUACACUGUUAUGGAGGACUUGGAAGAUCUUGUCUUGUAGCCGCUUGUCUCCUACUAUACCUGUCUGACACAGUUUCACCAGAGCAAGCCAUAGACAGCCUGAGAGACCUAAGAGGAUCUGGGGCAAUACAGACUGUAAAGCAAUAUAAUUAUCUUCAUGAGUUUCGGGACAAACUAGCCGCACAUCUAUCAUCAAGAGAUUCAUUAUCAAGAUCUGUAUCUAGAUAAAAAAGAAUUUCAAAUAACAUAUAUAUGACCAUGUCUGAAAUUUAAGAGCUAUUUAACAUACUUUGUAUUGAAACAAAAUUUACUAGUGUUAUCAACUUGAAUGUAAAUGUGUACGUGCAAAUAUUCCUAAAGCUUUUAUUGACAAAUUUCAGUUGUAUCUCUUAUCUCUUCUAGAAGAUCGAAAAACUGCUAUAUAAUUUUUGAAAUGUACUGUCUCCUCUGGUAUGUUUUACUUAGAAAUAAUGCUGAAGUGAGCAUAUGGAAAAAUGUUUCACUGCCUAUUUUUAUUAUUUACCACACUUUUACCUCAUUUUAUGAUUUGUAACUACCAGGUGGAAUGCAACAUAGUAAUAAAUGUAAAAAUGGGUAUGAGUA